AUGCAGCAUGCAGUCCAAGAAUCCACGCUGCAACUUAGAAAUAUUGUGAAACAACUUUUCGAGGCAGCCUACAGCAGUGAUGUGAAUUCUUUUGAACAUAUCGCAACUGAAUUCUGUUACACAUCUUCUACUAUUAAAAUUGGCACUACAAAUGAAAGUGACUCAGAUGAUAAAAAUACCGGUAAUGGUUUAGUCAAUGUAUCUACAAAUGGUUAUGAAAGGAAAAUUAUUAGAAAUAAGGCAAUUGGGGCAAUAAGGGAUGGUAACGGAGCCUCUUUAUUGCACAUUUCAUCUGCUGGUUGUAACAUAGACGUUAUCAAAUGGUUGAUAGAUAAAUGUCCAAAUUUGACGACUUUAUUAGAUAAACAGGGACAAUCUCCAAUAUUUUAUGCUAUAAAAAAUCAAACCCCACGGCAACUAGAAGUUAUAAAUCUAUUACUGCCAUAUUCGGAUAUAAAUAAAUGCGAUGCUGAUGGCAAUUCAUUAUUGCAUAAUGCAAUAAAGUAUAACAACGUCAGCACCAUAAAAUUCCUAAUUAGCAAAGGGUGUAAUCUAAAUUCUGUGUCUAAUACCUUUGGAGCACCUAUAAAUAUGGCAGUUACUACAGAAAAUAUGGAAAUUAUCAAGUUAUUAGUAGAAUCUGGCGCUAAUUUGAAUCUGAACCCUAGCAACAAUGGCAUUCCGCCACUGGUAUAUUCUUCUGCAUCAGGCAAUUUUGGUAUCGUAAAAUAUCUAAUAGACAAAGGGUGUAAUGCUAAUGAAACCGAUCCAGAUGGCUGGUCUGCUUUACACUCUGCCGCUGAAUAUGGGCAUUUUGAAAUAGUUAAAUUACUGGUUAAUUCGGGCGCCGAUGUAAACUACACAAACAAAAACGCCACGGCAUAUCAUUUAUCAUUAAAUACACACAAUCAACAGUUAAUAAAUUAUUUAAAGGAUAUUACUGAUCCAAAAUUUACACAACUAGAGUGUCGCCAAUUGUCAAUUGUAGAUGCCAUAAAGUUGUCGGCUAGUGCCAGGUUCGAGGGUAAGCAAUUUAUAAACACUAAACAAUGGAACAGGGCUAAGUCAAUAUACUCACAAACAAUAGAAACUAUAAAACAUCUAUCUCAUGAUGAAUCUAUAAAGAAUGAGCUUGCAAUACUAUACUCAAAUUUGAGUUUUGUUUGUUUGUCACUAAAUGAAUUAAGCGGAUCGUUGAAUGCUGGAUUGAAAUCUAUAGAAAACAAUCCAAAAUGGAUUAAGGGCCACUACAGAACUGCUAUAUCAUACAAGUGCAUGGGAGAUGAUGUAAAUUACCUAUGCUAUUUGUACGAAGCUGCCAAAUUGGAAGGGGAGGGUGGUCCCUUAUGGAAGGAAUUUAGUGAUAAUGCGGAGAGGAUUAGGCAGUCAAAACAAUAA